AUGAGUAGUUUGAGGACGACCGUCAAGAUUCUUAAUCGUCCUCCAGUGACUUUUCUAGCUCAUAUUCCUUGUUCAGUUGUUGUUCUAUUGUUGAUGCUUUGA